GAUCUAGAUAUUAAAAGUAAAAGGCGCGUGGAAUUUCACGACUAGUCAGAUUAAACAGUAUCAGGAACCUAUAGCAAGUACAGAUCGACCAUGGAGACAUUUGCUUCCAUAGCGGUGGUAGUUUCUUUAUGGGUCUCGGGAGUUCUGGCUGGAAGCGGGAAGAUUGCCGAGCAUGCCUGUACGACGUUAAGUUGUGGUAGUAAUCAGUUUCUCGACAUCACGUACGCUUUUUACGGGAUCCAGUAUUGGUGCGACGCGUCAAACGAGGUAGGGAUACUAGACAGCAGGUGCUACGGGAAGCAGUCCUGUCAGAUCUGUGCCACCAACAGCUGGUAUGGAGACCCGUGUCAAGGAACUUUCAAAUAUCUUUGGUACAACUAUGACUGCAAAACUAAUGCCGUGAACGGCAACUGGGGAGGGUGGGGCAGCUGGGGAAGUUGUACCAAGAGUUGUGCCAGCGGAACAAAGAGUCGGUCUCGCUCCUGUAACAACCCAGCGCCAUCUGGUGGUGGAUCGUCCUGCUCUGGUUCCUCUUCGAGUUCCACUUCCUGUAACACCCAUAACUGCCCAAUUAAUGGAGGAUACACUUCUUGGUCCGCGUGGGGGAGUUGUUCAAAGUCAUGUGGAAGCGGAACGAAAUCUCGAUCCCGAUCUUGUACAAACCCAUCACCUGCAUAUGGUGGAAGCGAUUGUAGUAGUCUCGGAUCGUCAACCGGUUCUACCUCAUGUAACACACACAAUUGUCCAAUACGCGGUAACUGGGCCGCUUGGGCAGCCUGGGGAUCGUGCACGGUCACGUGCGGAGGUGGAACGAAGGCCAGGUCCCGCACGUGCACUAAUCCUGCACCUCAGUACUCAGGCAAUGAUUGUGCCGGCUCUUCAACCUCUUCAACUAGCUGCAACACCCAUAACUGUCCAAUUGAUGGUAGUUGGGCGGCCUGGGGUAGCUGGGGAAGUUGUACAGUAACCUGUGGGGGUGGUAUUCAGUCCAAGACACGCACAUGUAGCAGCCCCGCCCCACAGUACGGGGGUGCUGACUGUCCCGACAUGUCGACGUCUUCCCAAACAUGUAACACCCAUAAUUGUCCAAUUGACGGUGUUUGGGCCACUUGGGGAUCCUGGGGCACCUGCACAGUGACGUGCGGUGGAGGCUCACAGACACGGUCCCGCACGUGCACGAAUCCGGCCCCACAGUAUGGCGGUGCCGCCUGUCCAGGAAGUGACGGAUCCUCACAAGAUUGCAACACUCAUCAUUGUCCAAUUGAUGGCGUGUGGACAACGUGGGGAAGUUGGGGGACGUGUACAGUAACAUGUGGGGGAGGUACCCAGGACCGAUUCCGCACGUGUUCGAAUCCCGCUCCUCAAUAUGGCGGGGCCGACUGUUCCGGGGCCUCAAACAACACCCAAGACUGCAAUACUCAAGUCUGCAUCAUUGACGGCGCUUGGGGGGCUUGGACUUCUUGGGGUGGGUGUUCGACCACGUGUGGGGGAGGAAGACAGUCUAGAAGCAGAAUCUGUGAUAACCCUAGGCCAGAAAAUGGCGGGAAAACGUGUUCAGGGUCGUCUGCAGAUUUCCAGGACUGCAACACUGCGGCCUGUCCAACAGCUGCACCUGGACAAUAUUUACAGUUAUGUCCCUCUGGAUAUUUCACCUGUCAAUCGGGCUCGAUGUCCUGCAUUCAAAACGAGUUCCAAUGUGACUGCUCAGCGGACUGUGACGACGGAAGUGACGAAGAUGCUACGUAUGCCGGAUGUACAAAUACUCUUGAAUGUUUGGCAAAGGCCGGCGCUGGAACCAACGUUAUCUCGCUGAUUCUAAUAUGUUUGGCAUUCUUCCUCCCUCUUGGAAUGUUUUAAGACUUUUGAUACAGAUAUCUCUCCUGUGAAUCGAUGUGUACUAUGUAUUAUUAUCUAUUAUUUGGUAUAGUUUCUCUUUUCUUUAAACUUCACUAAUUAAUUGCCGUUGAAAAUUAGUACAAAUAACAAAAUGCUAGUUUAGCGGAUUGAAAAUCAUAUUUAUUAUAAUGACAUGACGAAAGCUACAAGUUUACUGGCUUCAAAUUUGAUUUUUUUUUUCAUGCAUGUAUGUACAUUUAAUAUGGGUCAUUUUUUUCUUUUGAUUUACAAAAACUUUUAGCAUGUUUAGUACGAUUAACCUGCUACUUGUACGGUCCUGUUCUAUCAAUACUACGCAUUUUAUGUUGUUUUUUUCAGUCCAUUUUACGCCUGAAAUAAAAAAUCAUUUAAAAUAAA